AUGGGCCAGACCGCCGACCAGCCGGAGUUGCACCACGUCUCCACGGCGGCCGCUCACGACGACGACCGGCCGUCCCUAGACAAGCACGAUGCCGCCGACAUCCGGGAGGUCCAGGGCAACGCCCACUUUUACGAGACCGUCACCGCGGCGCCGCUCAACCCCUGGUCCCGGACGAGCUUCCAGCUGUACCUGAUCCUGCUCGUCGCGGCCCUCAACGCCACCGCCUCUGGCUUCGAUGGUUCCAUCUUUAGCUCCAUCAACGCCAUGCCGCAAUAUCAAAAGUACUUUCACCACACCGAGCUUGGCUCAGCCACUGGCAUGCAAGUUGUUUCCAUCUUCCAGCAGUUUAUGGCUUGUUGA